GAUGAUGUUUCACUGAAUGGAUAUAAAAAAUAUUUGAUAUCACAGUCCUCCCCUGCGCCUCUGACUGCAGCAGAAGAGGAACUUCGACAAAUUAAGAUUAAUGAGGUACAGACAGACGUUGGUGUAGAUACCAAGCAUCAAACAUUGCAAGGAGUAGCAUUCCCCAUUGCUAAAGAAGCUAUUCAGGCUUUGGAGAAAUUGAAAAAUAAGAAACUGAAUUAUGUACAACUGCAAAUUGAUAUGAAAAAUGAAACAAUUAUUUUGGCCAACACACUUCAUACUGAACUUAAGGACUUGCCAAAAAGAAUUCCAAAGGAUGCUGCGCGUUACCACUUUUUCCUGUAUAAGCAUGCCCAUGAAGGAGACUAUUUGGAAUCCAUAGUUUUCAUCUACUCCAUGCCAGGCUAUACCUGUAGUAUACGAGAACGAAUGCUCUACUCUAGUUGCAAAAGUCCACUGUUGGAAAUUGUAGAAACACAGCUGUGGAUGCAGAUAAUUAGAAAGAUUGAAAUAGAUAAUGGUGAUGAGUUAACUGCUGACUUUCUUUAUGAAGAGGUUCAUCCAAAACAACAUGCUCACAAACAAAGUUUUGCUAAACCAAAAGGUCCUGCGGGGAAGAGGGGAAUACGAAGACUGAUUAGAGGUCCAGCAGAGACUGAAACACCUAGUGAUUAGAAACUGUUGUUUGCAUUUGUUAUAAAGCAUUACAGUAAGAAAUGAAAUUCUGGCUUUUGGUAACAAACUGAAAUCAUUCCAUUCAUAGAUGCUAGGAAGAAAAAAAAGCUCUUUUUACCCUUCUGACCUCAACACUUUUUAUAUUGUUACAUGAUUAUAUUUCUGUUGACCAUGUUUCAUGACACGUGGAAGAGCUAAUUAUUUUAAAGCUGGAAGAGGACAACUAAACUUGUACCUUUAUUUUAAAUUAGAAUCCA